AUGAGCACCGCAUUGGCUGAUCUUCGAUCAUCGAUCAUUGCCAAAUCACCAAUCACCCUCUUGGAUGCUGCUGGCACCGCCAUCGAUGAUAUAUCGUUGGCAACCACCAUCGUGUUGGGCGAGAAACAAUAUAAUUUACACCAAGAAACCAUAAAAAUCAACAAUAAAGAUCUUCCGCUCCAGGCUUUCUACAAUGUCUGGGUCAUGAGGGACUUUUCGACUGCCGAUUACAUUUCUCAAUCGCAAAGCAAAAACAUCCCAACCAUUAGUUUCCACAACAAAUCCGAAUUGAUCAAAUAUUUUGAUGGUCAAUCCACGACUUUUCUUGAUUCUUCGUCUGUGGUUUCCUCUUCCACAACCGCCCCGGUAAAGAUCAAGACAGAUGAAGCUGAGGAGGACAAGAAGAAACAGGAAAAUUAUGUGGGUAGUGGUGCGGCAGCAGCAACAGCAGCAGCAGGGGAGGUGAGUAAUAGUAAUAAUAAUAAUAAGAAUAACAAUAAUAAUAAUAAUAUUGCAUCCAAUGAGUUGGAAGUACCAUUGCUACAUGAUAAUUUAUUCCAAGGGGUUAAACUGAUCAAUUUCGAGUAUUUGGUGAAAGAGGCCGAGCUUAAAAUUGUCAAGCCCCUCAAACUGAAAUCGAGUCACGGUGGGAAAAUUGGUAAACCGGACAAAGCUAAUGGUGGUGGCAAGAAAGUGGAUAAUCCAAUUAUUUUAUUGUCGCCGGCUACUUCGGCAUUAAUACAAAUGUCAAAUAUUAAAGAGUUUCUUGAGAAUGGGGUAUUCAAAGAACCUAAUGCUGCAUCAUCGCAAUCUACCGGGACAAAUCUUAUCAGAAUUAAAAAAGUUUUCCCAAACCUUGGGCCUCAACAAUUUUUAAUUGUGAAUUCUACAGAUUUUUUCACAAAAAUGGAGUAUUGGGAUAGAGUGGUGGCGAUUUUCACCACGGGGCAACUUUGGCAAUUCAAAAAUUAUUCCAUCAAGGAUCCAGAAAAAUUGUUCCAGAAAUUCAAAGGUUAUUAUUUUGGCUACGAAGGCGCGUUGAUGAAUAAGAAUGCUCAAGAUUGGAACGUCGAAGUGGUGAAGAUCGACAGAAAUAGAAGAUUCAACGAUAAGGAAAUUAGUGAACAAUUCUGGAGGAGUUUGGAAAGAUCGAUGAUGAUCCAAGGUUUUAGAAAGAAUUAG